AUGUCAUAUACACCAAAACAAAUUCCAUUAGAAGAAUUUGAUUCUACCGUUAGAUCAAACUACGUCGAGGUAUCCUCAGCUGCGCUGGGAGGUGAAGUCAUUGCGUGCUCUGAUGAUUUCUUCGCUGCAAAGGAGAAUUUGAUCAAACCCGGCCCAUCAAUCUCUCUCAAAGGUCAAUUUGGACCCAAUGGGGCUCUAUACGAUGGAUGGGAAUCUAGAAGACAUAAUCCUGAAUUUGACUGGGUCAUUAUUCGUCUCGCUACACCUUCAAGUUCAAUCUCAUAUGUGGAUAUUGAUACAUCCCAUUUCAGCGGGAAUGAAGCACCUCAAUCUCAGAUCUUCGCUCUAUCGUCUUCUACUAUCUCUUCCUUGAAAUCAAAGAACAAGCCGGGGAAGAUUACACCUUUUACUGAAGGCUGGGAAGAGAUCUUACCGGUCGUAGAUCUGGGACCUAACAGUAGACACAUAUUCGAACUUGAUCAAGAAGGCAAAAAAGGUCAAUGGAGUGUAUUGAUGGUUAGAAUGAUGCCUGAUGGAGGUAUGGCUAGGUUCAGAGCAUUUGGAAUUCCAACUUCACUUGAAAUACCAACUACCCUACCUGAAAACUACAAAUCAACUGAAGCUAUCGAUUUAUUGUCUCCUUUGAUAGGAGGGAGGAUAAUUUCGUGUUCAGACGCGAAUUUCUCUCCACCUCAAAAUUUGUUAUUACCCGGUAGAGGAAUCGAUAUGUCUGAUGGAUGGGAGACUAGAAGAUCACAACAUCAACGUGGAAAAUACUCUUCCUCUGGUCCAUUGGCGAACCAAGAAAGGAAAGAAUGGGUUAUAGCUAAAUUAGGUGUGGAAGGUUUGAUCAGUUAUGUUGAAGUUGAUACUGCUUUCCAUCCUGGAAACUAUCCUGUUGCAUGUGCAAUCGAAGCUACAUACAUCACCAACGACACAGAUAUACUGAAUGCAGAAUGGACGACUAUAGUCGAGAAGAAACCUCUUGGUCCUCACAGACAACAUUAUUUCGAUAUUGAGCGAAGCGUGAAAGAAGGUAGCGUAUGGAGUCAUAUCCGAUACACGAUUUAUCCCGAUGGAGGCAGUAAAAGAGUACGAAUCUUUGGAUAUCCAUUAUCACCUUCAGCAACCAUCACGCCUAAAGAUGAACUUGCCUUACCAGUCCUGCCAUUAACAGUAGAAGCAUUCAAAUCGUUCGGACAGGUGAUACAAGGAUUCUCAUUACCUACUUCAGCACCAAAAGGUAUCCCUGUAACUAUGGCCAAUCAAGGUACAGCGUUUAAAUUCCAUCGAAUGGGUAAAAUCAACGAAUCAUAUCCUGAUGGAGUAGGAAAACCAGGAGGUGUAUUUGUGGGUAGUGUCAAAACUGCAAACAGGUUAGAUAUCUCUGAGGGGGUUAAGUUCAAAAUCGAUCUCUUGGAAAGACACCCUUACACAACUCAAGCUUUCAUCCCACUGGGCCGAUCUGCGAAUUCACCACCUCCAGGAUCUUAUAUCGUCGUAGUCGCACUGAAUGGUACAGAUGAUAAACCCGAUCUAAAAACUGUUAGAGCAUUCUUGGCUACCGCUGCUCAAGGAGUUUCCUUCGAUGCCGGUACAUGGCAUCACUCGCUCUUCACUGUUGGUGGUGAUCUUGAAUACGCUAUCGUUGAGCGCGGUACACCCGAUCCAUCUAGUUUAGCCUAUGUUGAGAAAGUCGCACCAUCGAUUUCUACUUACAUACAGAUUCCGCCGUUCCCACCCAAAACCGUCCCUUCACAAACGACAUUGACGGCACUAGUCCCCCACCCUGCUACUGCUCAUUUGAACGCUACUCUGGUCUCACCUGAAGUAAUCAUUCAAGCCAACGGUGUCUUAUCAUCAAAACCUCCUCAGUCUCAAAGAUCGCUUACGAAUGGGUCAAUCUCGGUAUCUGAGCCAGUCUUGAUCACUCCUGAAAACUUCUCUACUUUCGGUCACAUCAUCACCACUUCACCUUCUUCUACUCACAAAGAUUCCGAGUCAUCUCCAGAUGGUAAAACCACCAAAAACAAUUGUUUAGCACCUGUUAUCUCAACUUAUCCUGAAGAAACUGGAGCCAUCACCGGCAUCUCCGUUUUCAGAGCUACGAAAAAAGUAGGUUUGGAAAGAGGAAAAGUAUUCGAUAUCAGAUAUUUGGAAAGGCAUCCAUUUACAAGUCAAACUUUCUUGCCCAUGGGCAAAGCUGAAUGGGCAGGAAAGAGUGAAGAAACCCUGGAGACAGGCGGUGAAUUCUUAGUUAUAGUAGCUGAAGAUGCACCAGAUGGUAAACCGGAUCCCGAAACCGUAAAAUCAUUCAUCUUACCUCCUAAUAUGGGAUUAUGUUAUGCACCAGGUAUAUGGCAUCACCCCGUUUUGAUACUUGACUCGACGAUCGAUUUGGCAUGUAUCGAAACUCAAAUCGCUACAGGAUUACAUGAUUCAGAUGAACGAGAUUGCGAAUUAUUAUCCUGGGAAGGUACUGAGAUAUUCGGUCAAGUAUCCGUACCACUUUGA